AUGAAGCUCUCCUUUACUUUACUUGGAAUCAGCAUUGUCCACCUCACCGGCAGAACCUCGGCUGUGCCAACCCACACGUCACGAGCUGCGUCCAACUCGACCUACGCUAAUGAUAUGUUCACGACAGCGAUUGAAUGGAAUGAUGCUUAUUGGGACGAUGAAGCUGGUUAUCUGAUCGCAUCUUCAAGCGGAGCCGGCCGUUAUGAUUCACGACACAGCGCCUGGUAUGCGACUCAACUACUAGCACGAAAUGGGCCAGGGGACGUUUCUAGGGCCAUUCGCAUCUUCGAUAAUGUCGUUGCGGGCCAGUACCUUGACCCGUCGAAGCAAUGGUAUGGUGACUACCAGCAGUCACCGUCCGAGCCCCAGCCAGGUACCUCUGAGUAUCCAAAUGAGGGCCCGUACAGCUCGUGGGACCCAAAUAUCCGCGAUUUUGUCGGCUGUGCCUGGAUCAUCGCCCUGAACGACUACGAGCAUCUCCUUCCCGAGAAAACAGUAUCGAAGAUAGAGCGUUCGCUUCACAUUGCAGCUAAGGGCGAUCUUUACCGUGUCGGUGGUAUCGAUGGCGAUAAUCUGUACCCAUGCUAUUCCAACCCUUGGAUCAUGCGAACAAUUCUCCAGGAUUGGGUCGGUCAUCGACUUGGCGACAAGAACCUGACUCAGGCUGGCGAACAUUUUGCUCAGGAGCUGUACGAUCUUUGGAGUAUGCAUCACACGCUGUCGGAAUUCAAUUCACCCACCUACGCUGGCGUUGCGAUGUGGGCCUUGGCCUUAUGGGGCCAGUAUGGAAGCGAGGGGAGUUUGCUCAGAAAAUAUGCACCAGAAAUCCUCACAGCCAGCUGGAACGAGCUCGCUCAGCUCUAUAAUGCGAAUCUCAAGAAUGUGGCUGGUCCAUGGGACCGUACGUACGGCUACAACAUGAAAUCUUACGCAUCUCUCGUGGCUGCAGUUAUCUGGGGUGCCGUUGGAAGGGAGCAUGCCCCAUUCCCUCGACAGAUUACGGGAAUGUAUCACCAAGAAGACUUUGCCUUUUAUCCUCUUUUUGCUCUCGCCAUGCCUGAGAUGCUCAAGUACCUGUCCCCGCAGUCGAAGGCGAGUUUGAUCAAAUUCCCCGGUGAUCAUUUCUUUACAGCCAAGGUAUACUCUCCGCCUUUUGACACCUACUCUCGGAAUAUUACAACUUGGGUAUCUGAAAACUUGACCAUCGGUGCGGAAACGGUCGCAGAGCAUGUUAUCGGAGGACCUGCGAAGAGCAGCAGUGCCUUCAGUCCUGCUCUUAUCCAAUGGGCUAUCGACGACUACCAAGUUGGCUGUGUUACACACUGGGUCACAGAAUCAUCGAUAGAUGCCGUUGCCUCCAAGAAGUCCCUCCACAUAUCCUAUCCUAAUGCCACGGCUGCAAAUGGGCCGAUUUCUUUUAACUUCAUCUUCAGUGGAAUUGGAAUCAGCCACGGGCUUAAUGUUACAGGAUUGGAAGACCUUCCGGGAUUGGAUCUGAAGGUUACGACAAAUGCCUCACCGAACUACACCAUUUACUACAAUACGGACCAAGAAGUUAACGAAUUUAUCUUCUACAACAUCACAUACACCAUGCUGGAAGGAUUCACGGAUGUUCCUUUUAUCAACCUUCAAGUUCUUUGA